GGGAGGGUCACGUGCGCUCGGGAGCACUAGGGCGGGCCCACAGCGGGGGUUGAAAGUGAGGCGCGGAGCGGCGGCUCAGCCAGCGGCUGGGAUGUCGGUGUUGCGGCCGCAGGACCAGCUGCCUGGCCUGAACGCGGCCACCAUCUUGCUGGUGGGCAAGGAGGAUGCUCUUCUGCAGCAGCUGGCCGACUCGAUGCUCAAGGAGGACUGCGCCUCCUCGCUGAAGGUCCACUUGGCGCAUUCCCUCCCUUUGCCCUCCGAUGUGAAUCGCCCCCGGAUUGACCUGAUUGUGUUUGUGAUCAACCUUCACAGCAAAUACAGCCUGCAGAACGUGGAGGAGUCCCUGCGCCACGUGGACACCACCUUCUUCCUGGGGAAGGUGGGCUUCCUGGUCACGGGCGCCGGGCGGGACAGCCACUGCAGCGUGCACCGGAACACCGUGCUGAAGCUGGCCCGCGCCUACCGGAGCCCCCUGCUCUUCUGUGACCUGGAGGUGGAAGGCUUCCGGGUCUCCAUGGCGCAGCGCCUGGUCCGCAUGCUGCAGGUCUGCGCGGGCCACGUGCCCGGCGUCUCGGCCCUGAGCCUGCUGUCCCUGCUGAGGAGCUCGGAGAGCCCCUGCCUGGAGGACCUGUGAGGGCGGGACCGAGCUCUGUGCUCCCGCAGGAGGGCUGGGAGCCCUCGGCGGAGCAGCCGGCCGCCCACUCCCACGCUCGCUCCAGUGGAGCCUGUAUCCAUCAGACACGGCCGUUCCCCCUGUGGACUCCACUGAGCAGAGAGUCUGUGACCAAAAGCAGUUAGAAACGCUCUCAGCCACCGCUUCGACUUUGCAGAUGAACGGACUCAGAACAAUGACACGUAGGGUGGGGGCGGGGACCCUGGCCUCCAGGAGCCAGUCUGACUCCACAUCCGGGCCUUGCAUUCUUGGAGAGCCUGCUUGUUGCCCCUCGGAGCCUCAGUUUCCCCGGAUGAGACGAGCUUGCUCUCCCUUGUGGUGCUGUGGGGACCGAAUGAAAUGACAGCGGCGAAGGGCCGAGCUGGUGUGCCCUGCGCUUGCUCACGUGCGGAUAAUAAACUGUUAGCGCCUUGCGGGCCCAGGGAAGCACCCGGCAAAUGGUGACUGUUAUUUGGAUUCACACAGCUAAGGCCAAACCCUGGUGAAACCCGGAUGGCUCGUGGGAUUCCGGUGUGCGAGGGGCGUGAGAGGAGCUGGUUUCUGGGUGGGCAGCGAGGGGCUGGGCGCGACCACUGCCUGCCUUCUCCCUGGGGCCUGAGCAGAACGUGGGGGAGUGCCAGGGCUGGAGUCAGGUCCCCGGUGAGCCAGGGGCCUGGGGAGGGUGGGAGGUCUGCGGGAAGAGCCGGUCACGGCUCCCGGGGGCGGGCCAGCACCUCCACACCCCACCUCCUGCUCCCAGACCCGCCCUCCGUCCUCAGGCGUCUGGAGGGAUCCUGCUGGAUGCCCUGGGCAGUGCCAGCACCGCGGGGGUCAGCUCUGGCCCAGCAUCACCCCAUUGGAGGGGCCAGCUUGAAACCGUCCUGAG